CUUUUGAUUUUCAGUUGCUUUGAAUGAUUGUUGAUGAACAGCACGACUUGCAAAAAGCAAAGGAGAGCGUUUACAUUCUCCAGAGAGACAGCUGUACUAAUAUCAAGUCUGUUGGUAAACCUGUCACUCACAAUGCACGACAGUACACAUAUGGAGCCUGGAUGAAAGACCCACCAGGAAUCAUGGGUACAGAGACCAUAUUCGUUAUGGAAUCGUUCUACUCAAAAAACGUACUGGAAGAGUUUGAAAACAUGGACAUGUUCAAGGCAGGUGUGACUCGUGAGACGUACAAACUGCCUUACAACUGGAACGGAACUGGAACAGUGGUGUAUGGACCAUACCUGUAUUACAGGUACAAUUAACCGGUUCUACCCCAGAAUGUGAAGUUCACAAAUUGGGAACUUCCCAAAUAACUCAAAAUUCAUGUCAUCCACGUCAGUUCUCUGACCUUGAAUCUAUCAUUUACUAUUCUCCAGAACAAAAAGCGACACUGAAAGAAGCCAAUU